AUGGAUGACUUGGUCGACAUCAUCACACUCGAGAAUCUCGAGCAAAAGCUGCCGCAAUGGAAUCCCUCCAGCCCUAGCCACUUUCAUGCUCUCGUGGAUAUGGGAAGCAAUGGCAUCCGGUUUUCCAUCCUGGACCUCUCCCCUCCUCAGACCCGGUUGCUGAGGUGUGUCUACCGUGAAAGGGCAGCAAUUUCUCUGUUUGAUGCCCUCAGUGGGCCUUCGUUGCUGUUUCCCGAUGAGACGAUCCAUCUCGUUUCGAAAACGUUGGCACGCUUCCGGUCGAUCGCUAUCGAUGACUAUGGCGUCCCUCCCAACCAGCUGAGGGUUUUUGCUACGGAGGCUAUGCGUCGAGCACAGAACGCAAAGGCCAUGCUAGAGGCCAUCGGAGCCGCGUCGCCGGGCUUAUCCGUGUCCAUUCUCGCGCCUCCGGUUGAGACUCUCUUCGGCUCGGUGGGCGCUUGCUCUGGUUUUGUCGACGUGAAGGGCCUGUUCCUUGAUCUCGGCGGGGGAAGCGUCCAGAUGACUUAUCUAGACUCCGGUACCGCAAAGUCUCAAGCGCAGGAUGGAGCCGUCGGUCCGGAAGUGGCCGCAGCACUCGCGGGACAGAGCCUACCCUUCGGUGCGGCCCGUCUGAUUAAGAUUCUCAACAGCAGCGACGCUGAGGUCAAAACAUCCGAGCUUUCUCUUCUUCACAACGGCAUGAGCGAAGCGUUCAAAACGCUCUGUGCCCAAUUUCCUACGCUUGCCGCAGCCGCGGAGGCUCAGCAGAGCCGCGCUGGAACCGGCGGUAACACGCCUCCGGGUAUCGACGUCUAUCUUUGCGGCGGCGGCUUCCGAGGAUACGGGAGCAUGCUCAUGCGCAGGCAUCCCAUUCAGCCUUACCCGAUACCCUCUAUUGGCGCCUUCAAAGUCUCGGGCGAGUUGUUUGGUGACACCAAGGAACUACUCAAGUUCAACGAGUCCCACGAAGGGAAAGUUUUCGGCAUGUCUAAACGCAGACGUCUCCAGUUUCCUGCCAUUGUUGCCGUGGUGGAUGCCCUCAUCGCCGCCGUGCCCCCUAUCCGUUCUGUCACAUUCUGUGCGGGCGGAAACCGUGAGGGAGUGUUGAUGAUGAGCCUGCCACCGGACAUUCGAUACAGCAACCCACUUGAUUGCCCUCUCGAUACCACCCAGGGCUCCUUAGCCCUACCACCCAAGCCGGUAUCAGCAAGCGUUCAAGACGUUCUUGACGCAUUGCAGUCAGCGUUCCCGGAAAGCGUGGACCUGGCCACUACAACCACUGUCUUCGGCCUGCAGCUCGGCACACUCUACGCUCAGGAAAUCUGGAACGGUUUGGGAUCCGACGCCGAGAAGAACGCUUCCGCCGCGCUACACCAUGCCGCUAGCUCUCCUGAACAACCCGGGCUGACCCAUUUAGCCCGUGCCGUGUUGGGCGUUACGACACGUGCCCGAUGGGGAGCGGGUCUAGCCCCCGUGGAUGAGCAACUUGAGAACAGCCUUCGAGCUUUGAUAGAAUCUGCGGAUCCAGCUGCGAACUUCUGGGCCGAUUAUACCGGAGCCGUGACCGCCGCGGUGGUGGCUCUGGUCAAACGAUGGCCGUCGUCAAAACAAGCCAUCCAAGAUAAAAUCAGGUUCCGGUCAACCGUGGAAGACGGAAACCCCUUCCAUAUCAAGCUGCAAAUAUUCGUCAACGAGACCGCCACGGCUGGACUCGACUUCGAUGAGAUCGUCGAUUUGUUUAAAAGUCUGAAAAAGUACAAACACGGCGGGAAGCAGGUUCUCGUCAAUGUUGCAACUUUCCCCUGA